GAAAGACAAAGACAAACAAAUAGAAACCCCCUUUCUCGCCACAAUUCCAGAUUUUCAGCGCAAAGCGACGAGUCCGCUUCCUCAGUCGGACUCUAUUUUUCCGCUACCUGUAAGACCUUCUUACACACAGAGAGAUAGAGAGAGAGAGAGAGAGAGCUCGAUCAACCAACUCUGCUUGUUUGGUCAAUGUCUAUCACUACACGGUACGAAUCGUAGCAUUCACAUUAGCCUUCCUUAGUAUCUACCUUUCCCAUUCAGCUUUUUUCUGGGUAAUGGAUUGAAAUUUGAUUCAAAUCCUAUCUGGGUUUUCAUUCUUUCACAUUGUGUGAUUGUUUUGGAACUGGGUUUUUUAAACCUCCUAUUAAGCUGUUCUUUUCUCUUCUGAAUAUUGGGUAGUUGUUAGAUUCAAAUUUGGGUUCUUUCACAUUGGGUGAUUGGGGUUUGUCUCUACAUAGUACUACCUAGCUAGGACCUAUGUGGGAUGAUCAUUCAAGAUGAUUAGUAUUGAAAGAUUCAUUUGACUCUAUGGGCAAUCUGGGUUAAUUCAUGAGCUGCAAAUGAAUAGUUGGUUUCUGGUUUUGUGGUGUGAUCUUCAUGGGUAGCCUUGGAGUUUAUCAGAGUGUGAUUCUUUCAGCUUAAUUGCAUGUGUUCGUUCCAUUUUCUCUGCAUUCAUUUCAUGUAGUCUCUAAUCAGUAAAUGAGCUGUGGUUUUGCAGUAAUAUAAAGAUUAAUCUUCGGUAGUUAAUAGUUCCUUAUACAUCUCUGGAUGAGUCAUGGUUAAUCAGAAAUAGAUAUGAUAUUUGAUCACAAUUAUCAGUGACUUUGGGGGAUUAGUAUUGCAAUGGCUGAGAGAAAUCCAUCCUUAAUGGGGCAAAAGAAAUCAAUGUUUUGUUUGUUUUCAAUUACAUCGAUCAUGUUGUUUGUAUUAUCCUGGUUAUUCGUGUUGCGAUCCACUGGCCAUCCUUACUUCAUUGACCAUAAAUUGUUACCAAAUCACAAGCUUUUUGCUUCAUUUGAUAGUAACCCCUCAAUUACAAGUAACCCAGUCAUUCUCAAGGAACAAGUAGAAGAGCCACAAGAAAAUAAUUUGGUGAAAUGCAAUCGUAAUAAUGCAAUUCUUAAGGUUUUCAUGUAUGAUUUACCCCCAGAAUUCCAUUUUGAGCUCCUAGAUUGGAAGCGUGAGGGAAAAGGUGUUUGGCCUGAUAUCAGAACUAAAAUCCCUGUAUAUCCUGGUGGGUUAAACUUGCAACACAGUAUAGAAUAUUGGCUUACGUUGGAUCUCCUGUUAUCAGAAUUCAAUCAUCCUACUCGUGCUCGUAGUGCAAUAAGAGUCCACAACUCAAGUGAAGCCGAUGUUAUAUUUGUCCCCUUUUUUUCUUCGUUAUGCUAUAAUCGGUAUUCUAGGUUGAAGCCACACCAAAAGAGAAGCAUUAAUAAGUUGCUGCAAGAAAAGCUGGUCAAGUUUUUGACAGCUCAAGUGGAAUGGAAGAGGUCAGGGGGACGGGACCAUAUAGUUCUAGCUCAUCACCCAAAUAGCCUCUUAGAUGCAAGGAUGAAGCUCUGGCCUGCAACGUUCAUACUUUCGGAUUUUGGAAGGUAUCCCCCAAAUAUAGCUAAUGUUGACAAAGAUGUGAUUGCACCGUACAAACAUGUCAUCAAAAGCUUUGUGAACGAUUCAUCUGAUUUUGGUAGCCGCCCAAUUUUGCUUUUCUUCCAAGGAGCCAUAUAUAGAAAAGAUGGUGGUUUUGUUCGGCAAGAGUUGUUCUAUCUUCUAAAAGAUGAAAAAGACGUACAUUUCUCAUUUGGAAGUGUGCAAAGAGAUGGGAUCCAUAAAGCUACCCAAGGAAUGCACUCAUCCAAGUUCUGUCUCAACAUAGCAGGUGACACUCCCUCAUCAAACCGCCUGUUUGACGCCAUUGCUAGCCACUGCGUCCCCGUUAUCAUCAGUGACGAAAUUGAGCUCCCCUUUGAAGACGUCCUCGACUACUCUCAAUUCUGCAUAUUUGUCCGCUCAUCCGAUGCCAUAAAGGAAAAAUUCCUCAUCAAUCUCAUUAGGAGCAUCGGGAGAGAAAAGUGGACUCAAAUGUGGGCAAAACUGAAAGAGGUUGAACAUUUCUUUCAGUUUCAGUACCCGUCGAAGGAGGGUGAUGCUGUGCAAAUGAUAUGGCAAGCCGUGGCACGGAAGGUUCCGGCUAUCCGAAUGAAGAUACACAAGUCUAGGCGAUUCUCCCAUUACAAUGUUGUUGAAGAUAGAGGCCCAAUAUUGGUUAAAUUGCCAAACAACUUUGCUGAGUGAGCAAAAUUUGACUUCUUUUUGGCUGGAAAGUUUUCAAUCUUGUUGCAUGAGACAAAAAUCGAAUACCUUUUGUUUGGCAGUUGGGAAAAUUUACAGCACAGCUUGCAGAAGGUGAAACUGCAGUAACUGCUGCAGCAGAUUUUGGAGCAAAAGUUUAGUGUUUGUAAACAAAGAAUUGAAAGGGGGCAAAAAAAAGAAAGAAAAAUCACUUUUAGGUAUUUAGCUACCAAGUAGCUAGAAAUGUUUACUGUUGUGUGUUGAUUCAUUCAUUCAUUUAUUAUUUGCUUUUCUUUUAUUCUUUAGCUCCUCAACCUGACCGAAUCAAACUGAUUACCCUAAUGAUGCCUAUAAAGCCAUAAAUUUAAAUCCAGAAUUUCACUGUCAUGAGAAAAUUUUACAUA